AUGGCCUUACAAAUGCAAGAACGAGCUUUAGCUUUACCAAGGAAGCGUAAUUGGAGGCAACAAGCUAGUAUUGCAGGCGGCGCGGGUGGUGAACCAAAAAUAGGCAUUAAUGAAGAAGAAUUACUGUCCAUGGAAGCCGGUGAAAUGGAACUAGACAUCGAUCGAGAAGAAUUGUUGUUCAUGGAAUCAAGGACCAGUGCUGAAGGAGGGUCGGCGGUGAUUGGAGCUUGUCCACUUACAAUGACAAAGAAGAGAAUGUUGAGAAAGGGUAAGAGAGUAGUUGAGGACUGGGGAGGCUUAAGGCAAUUGGAGGCCUAA